GGGAAAUGCGGAGGUUAAAACGUCAGUUAUGACCACCUGCAAACCAGCACAAAACAUGGGGAAAUUUGAUAUGUUACUGGAGCUGUUGUGUCUACUGGGUGCACGAAGCUAUUCCCAACAGCGUCGAUUGCUCUCACGCCCCUUGGACCAAUUGGCCCUCGUCGACAAUUGCCAACCGACAUCUGGUACUGAGAUGCUCGCUAAGCCGACCGAGAGAAGCGUUUCGGCCCCGAUGGUCGGGAUCACGAGAGUCGCCAUCCCUGCGAGAAUUGCUGCCAACGUCCAGCUGACUGCCAUCCCGACCGAGCCGAAAUUGAUUGGUGGCGUCAAGGGACUCGACUGGUUGGCUCUGGAAUCCUCCACCAAGCUUCGUGGCUGCCUUGGUGUGAACCUCGCCUAA